UUAUCCCCAGUCAACAUACACAAAACGAGCGCACCUCUUUGAAGACUAAACUUCUGACAUUACCAGUCUUCUAUUCAAUUUCUGCUCUCUUUCUUCCAUGCAACUGGAGACCAAAUUGUUUCACAUUUACUUUAUCUGUCUGUUCCCUUCCUUCACGAUGACGAAGAAAGGGAAUUCCUACAAACUGAUCCCGUACUCGUUCUGCUGUUGAUAUUAAGGCCGGUUUGGCUUGAGCUUCUCAUCAGGUCAGGAUGCCAAUGGAGAAGCCACUAGUUGUUGAUUGAAUGGACUGAUAUAGCAGGAAAUCCAUAAAACUGGAAUCAAAUUUGCAAAGAAUCAGCAGUUUCCAACGGCUUCUAUGGAUUUCAAUAAUGGAAUUGAGGAUGUAGGGGUGGCAGUACUGCAGGAAUUGUGGAACAAGGUGGCAUUUCAAGCAAUGGAGAUCGUUACCGAAACAAGGGAUGUGGUUCUUGAAAAGGACAGCUUGCAAGAAUUCUCUAGAAGCAUCUUAGAGCUAAGCACCCUCCUUCGGGCUUUGGACGCCAAAAGAGUUGAAUCAGCAAUGGGUUUAGAAUCUACAAAAGCUGCAUUAGAGACCUUGAAUUCUCAGCUGAGAGAAGCUGCCAAGAUUAUCAAAGGCUACAAAUCUGGGAGCUGUCUCCGUCUUUUACUUCACUCACACUCAAUACGUUUGCAGAUGCAAAACUUGUCGAAAGAGAUGGCCAUGACUAUCUCCUCAUUCCAGCUGGUCAAUCUUGAUAUGUCACUGAACCUGAAAACCAUGAUCAACCAGAUCAUCAACAAUCUGAGGUCAAUCGAAUUCCGAUCAACAGUUGCAACAGAAACAUUAGCUUUUGAGAUUGAAAAUUCAAUAUCUCAGCAUAGCCGAAACCAAGAGAAUUCCAUGAAACUUCUUGAGAAGAUUGCAGAAGCUGUUGGUGCAAGAGAAAAUGCAUCCCUAGUGCAAAAUGAGCUGGCUCUUCUGAAGCAGGAAAAGGAGGAGAUGGAAGAUCAAAAGAAGCAGGCGGAGGCACUUCAAUUAGCUCAACUGAUACAGUUGUUAUACAGCACUGACAUUGUUACAAGGCCGCAAAAUGAGGAAAUUUCUAUGUACCACCAGCAAUACCCAAUCAACUCAUUCAUAUGCCCACUGUGCAAUGAGAUGAUGACAGACCCUGUUGCAAUUUUCUGUGGUCACAGCUUUGAAAGAAAGGCAAUUCAGGACUGCUUCAACAGAGGAGAGAGGAAUUGUCCCACCUGUGGAGAGGAGCUACAAUCUUUGGAGCUCACUCCAAAUGUUAAUCUCCGAAGCUCUAUAGAUGAGUGGAAGCUAAGAGACUUGAACUUAAAAUUUCAAGCUGCAGUCUCAGGAAUCAAUAACAAUGACCAUUCUCGACAAAAUAAGGCCUUAGAGAACAUGCAAUUUCUGAUGGAAAUUCCCCGUUAUGCAGUCAAAGUUGCAGAGGGUGGACUCGUUCCAAAAUUAGUGGAAUUCUUAAAGCACAAGAGACUGGACACAUCGGCAACUCUGAAAUGUCUUUACUACCUGGCUAAGCACUGUGAUAAUCACAAGGAAGUCAUGGUAGAAGCAGGUGUGGUUCGCCGCAUUGUUAAGCAGAUCUACAGAGGUGAAAAAGGACCAGAUGCUAUUGCAGUUUUGUUGGAGUUGUCCAAAAAGGAAACUCUUAGAGAAAAAAUAGGGGAAACAAAAGAUUGCAUUCCUCUUUUGGUUUCUUUACUCCACAAUGACAAUCCAGAUGUGUCGCAGAAAGCCCAGAGCACGUUGCAGAAUCUUUCUUCCAGCACCUCUUUUGUAAUCAAGAUGGCUGAAGCUGGGCAUUUUCAACCGUUUGUUGCUCGUUUCAACCAAGGACCACAAGAAAGCAGAGCAUUGAUGGCAGCCGAUUUGAUAAAGAUGCAACUUAAAGCAAAUAACAUGAAGGACUUGGAAGAUGGAAAAUUUAUACGAAGUCUGAUACAGAUGCUCUCUUCAAACUCUCCAGCAUACAAAUCAGUAUGCCUCAAAUGCGUUAAGAAGCUAAUGGUAUACCCUCAUAUUGUACAGCAGCUUCUAUCAGAUUCUGUGAUGAUACCGCCUCUUCUAGGCCUCAUCUCAUAUGUAGGAUCUGGUUCACACUUGAAACAAGAAGCUGGUGAGAUCCUUGCUCUAUUGGUUGGAGCCUGUCAGCAUCCUGAAUUCGAGAUGCAUCAGGGCCUGCAGGAGCUGCAAUCAGAGCACAAUGUGAGCCUCUUUAUGCAGUUGGUUUUCAAUUCUGAUCCUGAAACUAAGAUUCAGUUCUUGCACCUGCUACUUGAACUUAGCUCUAAAUCUCAUACAGCUCAAAACCUAAUCCGAUCAGAUCGGGAUGCAAUCGUUCAACUAUUCGCUGCACUGGAUGGUGAUCAGCGUGAGGUGAAAAGAUGGGUACUGAAACUCGUAAGCUGUAUUUCUGAUAAUCACCCUGAUGGAGUUCCUCUCCCACCAUCUCCUUGGAAAGAAACUGCCAUCAACACUUUAGUAGCCAUUCUCACUUGUUCACUGGAUAUUGAAGAAAGGUCCAUUGCCGCUGCAAUCAUCGGUCAGCUUCCCAAGGAUGAUAUCAUUAUUGAUGAAAUACUGAAGAAAUCAGAAGCAUUAAAAGCCAUUCGUGAGGUGAUUUGCACAGAAGAGGAAUAUGAGGGAAUCCGCGCAUCUGCUAAUGUAGACUCAUCUCUUCUGGAGAAUGCUCUAGCGGCACUUUUACAUUUUACAGAGCCCACCAAACCGGACCUUCAAAGACAAGUGGGCCAGCUUGAGGUGUAUCCAUCACUAGUUCGAAUCCUCUCCAGUGGCAGCUCACUUUCCAAGAAGCGGACAGCCAUUGCACUAGCCCAUAUAUCCCAAUCAACCAGCUCCUCAAAGCCUGAAGCAACCCUCAUGGCAAAGGAACCCAAGAACUCCAUGGCAUUGCUACAUGUGAUGAACCUGUUACCCAGCAUGUCCUGGUGCUGCUCAACCUCAACAGUGAACGAAGGUCUAUGUGCUGUCCAUGGUGAUGGCUGUUCACCAAGAGACACCUUCUGCCUUGUCAAGGCAGAUGCAGUGAAGCCACUUGUUAGAGCACUGAGCGAGACAGAGGAUGGUGUGGCAGAGGCUGCUUUAACAGCACUUGAAACAUUGCUAACUGACCACAACACACAAUCCCAUGCAACUGCUGCAAUUGUAGACAACCAGGGAGUGGUGGGCAUUCUACAAGUUCUGGAGAAGGGAAGCUUAUCGGCCAAAAGCAAAGCCCUGGAUCUCUUCCAGAAAAUCAUAGAGCACACACAGAUCAGUGAACCAUUUUUUCAAAAGUCCGAGAGGAUCCUCAUCCAGCUUCUCCAUGAAGAUGUACUUAAAAAGAAAGUAGCUCUAGUGCUUAGGCAGAUGAGCAUCAUUCCAGAGCAAUCUUCAUAUUUCUGAAUUUACCUCUUUUAAAAUUAAAUAAUGAUUAAGUUAGCCUAUGAAAACUUAAGAUGGCAACAGAUAUUAGUAUAAUCCUCAAAUUGACAUGCUCUAAAAUGUGUGAAUUCUCUUCUCUUUUCUUUAAACCACAAAACACAUGUAGGAGGAGGUCUUGAACGACUUUUAACUAUAGUGUAUAGGAACCAACACCGAGCAAUUAAACAUGUAUAAUUUGAGAUUUUGAUAUUAAUUCGGUACUUUUUGAGGCCA